UUGCCAGGUUGCAGACGAAAUGUGCUUUCAAGAAAUUUUCAACUUUGCGCCAUCGAUCAAAUUCUCCCCCUGAUUUAGUUGUUAUUUCGAUACCCAGAGAAAUAUAUACGUAAUCCCCCGCAAGCACCGAGAUGUCCUACCAGAACUGGCUAAACUACCUGCAGUCGGCGGAAAAGAACUCUAUGAUUAGUGGCAAUGCUCGCAAGGUGCUCUACAAAUUCCCGGAGGGAAGACAAAUGGCCGAGGAGUACAACAUGGAAACCGGAAUCGUACAACGCAGGGCCUGGAAAUCCAAAAGCAACAAGAUAAUGGGCGAAUCGGAGUGGGAAAUCGAACUGGGCGAAGAGCCCCGUCAACUGAAUUGGUCGGGAAACAAAACCCAAGGAUCUGGUGAGGAUGGGGAUUCCCUUGCCGGCGGGGAUUUCACUCUACGGGAAAGCAACACCGCUCCGCUUCUAACCAAAAGGAUUACGAAGAAGAAUAUCGAGUGGCGCAUUCGUAAUAUGCCCUACUCCCUGGAUAUCUACAAUGUGACCGCCGAUCCCGAAAAGCGUGCCAUUAUCGUGCGCACCUCGAACAAGAAGUAUUACAAGGUCAUCCCGGUUCCAGAUUUGGAUCGCUGCGGAGUUAAGCCCUCGCAGGAAAGUCUCUCCAUUCAUCACCAGUUCAACACCCUGAUUAUAACGUACAAAAAACCCUCAAUUCUCUGCGAAAUGGAGGCGCAGGUUUUGCUUCUACUUAAAAAUGUCGAAACAGAAACGGACAUGGAUGAUCUGCUAAAGGGCCUAAUGGCCAAAUAAAUAACAUAGAACCACAAA